AUGACCGCCGAUAUCUCCUGGUACAAACAAAAACAUGUCCUCAAAAUCGGCGACGUCUGCCGCUACACGAUCCGGUACACCCGCACGGACCCGCAUAUCUCCGAGAUCUAUCUCCGAGUAAAGAACAUGGAACAAACCACCCUCAGAGCCAUCCAUCUCCUCAACGGGCCGUUUAUGCUCUACUGUCAUGUGACGCCAAAAAACUACAACCAGAAAAAGCCGUUUGUGCCGCAGGAUUCGGACAGCAAAAAGGGGAACAGCGAAGUGACCUUCCGGAACCAAAUCAAACCAGGACAAACGUUCAAUGUUCGGCUAUACUUGAACGAUAACAGUUUGGCGGAGACGCACGAGGACGGAACGACCACGCACGAGUGGGAGUGUGACAUUAUCUCGCAAAUUGUACUUAACCGUAGAGCAUCGAUAAGAGUAGUGGUAAUGGUAGGUAACGAUUUAGAAGAAAUGCGCCGGCUCAAUCGGUCGACGCUCACUUCGCUCAGCAAGGGCGACUUCAAAUUGAAUCACACGCAGCUGUGGAACAGCGACUGGGGGACGGUCCUAUGUAAAGACUUGCAGGUGGAGUGUAAGACCACGGCAGAUUUGUGGCCCAGUGUUCCGCUGACGCCCAAAGAUAGGCCGCUUCAUUUGGUGGUUGUCACCCAUGGUCUCUUUUCGAACUUGACCGCCGAUAUGUUGUACCUCCGGGACUCUUUGUAUGGCAUUAAAUCUGAUGGGGCCGCCGACAACGAAGCCAUCUUUGUGGCUGGCUGUAAGGAUAAUGCGGGCAAAACAGAGAAGGGCGUGCACCGUUUGGGUGUGAAUGUAGCAGCUUCUGUAAUUGAUACUAUUGACGACCUCACAACAUCGGGAUAUACGGUAUCUUCGAUAUCGUUCGUGGGCCAUUCCUUGGGCGGCCCUGUCCAGGUAUAUGCUCUCAAGAACAUCCUUCAAGUCAAGGGAGCUCUGUAUUUUAAGGACCAGAAUAUCAAACUCAAGCACUUGGUCCUUUUGGCGUGCCCCAUGCUCGGUGUUUUGAGCGAAAUGAGCUUGAUCAUCCUGUGGUUCCUAGACUUGGGCACUCUUGGGAAAACAGGAAGAGAUUUGACGCUUCUGAAAAAACUACCUUCGAUCACGAAUGGUCUCUCCCUGUUCCAUGCAUUGCGCCCGAUUCUAGAAACACUCCCCGAUGACCCGAUCCAAAGUUGUCUCAAGCAAUUUGAGCUGCUCACAUUGUACGCAAAUGCCAUUAAUGACGGCAUUGUCCCUCUUCGCACGAGCGCCCUUCUUUAUUUAGACUGGGAGGGUCUUGGCGAGGUGCGGCAAGUGAAGAGCCAUCAUGGUCUCAGUGACCAAGAAUCGAUAAACCCAGAAACUUUCCAGUCAGAACAUUCAAACGAAAAUCCUGCUUCGUCAAACACGUACGAGCCACUGGUUGGCAGCAACGAUGCAGGGCCAGGGGUUGCAGAGAUCUCGGAGGAGACCAACUCCAAUUUCUCCGAUAAAUACGCUACCUUCCUCGCUCGCAUCUUCAGUUUGGAUGCGGAAUCUGCUUCAUCUGCCAAGAAGAAGAAGCGUCUUUCAAGAUUGAAGAAAUACUCGAAAAUAUCCGCCAAAAGUAGCGACACCCGCCUCUCCGAGAAGGCUGAGGAGGAAGAAGCCAAUGCUCAAAACGAAAACGAAGACGGCGCGGAUAACGAGGAAUUCGACACUCUCCAUAUUCCUCCCAAAGCAUCUGCUGUCGAAUCUGCCAUCAAUUCAUUGAUUUGUCCGAUUCCAUCCAGAAGGUAUGUGUUGGAGCCGAAGUCAAGAUCGCAGGUCAUAUUCCACGACAAGUUCUAUCACCACGAUAGCCUCCCUGAGCAAGAACCCAAGCGGGUAGCCGGAGUCUCCAAAUUUUUCAAGUACCGCGACUGGAGAGUGGACAAGCAAGUCCGGAUUGCACGAAAGUACCAUGCUCCUGACGUUGCUUGGCGCAAGGUUCUUGUUUGCUUACCACCGGAUGCACACAACAAUAUUGUUGUGCGGAGAAGAUUUGCAAACGGGUAUGGGUGGGGUGUCAUUGAACACUUGACAGAGAAUGUGUUUGAGAAAAAACUACAAGCUAAAUUUUAG